AUGAGCCUGCACGAUGAUGGCGCUCCGAGCGACACUCACACGGACAGACACGCCAGGAGUGCGGCAACGAAUGCACACAUGGGCCCUACCAUCGACGACGUAGCAGCAGCUGCACACGCAAGAGCAGCCACAGAUGUGAUGCCGCCAACUCAGCGAACAUCAGCUGGACCGGUCAUAGCCCGCGCAAAAGCUCACGUCCGACCGGCGAGCCAGACAGAUCAGGACGGGCCGGCAAAGAAGAAGCGAAAGCAGCACCAGAAUGCGUUGCAGACGAUGCUCGCUAAAGCCGCCAAGGACAAGCAAGCCUCUCAGGUCGCGGAUAAUACGCUCGCAUCGUUUUUGCAAACGGUAUAG